CGACUCAUCGCCGCCCCCGCCGCCUCCUCCUCAGCCACCGACGCAUUCGUAUAUGGCGGCUGCUCCCAGCAGAAAUACUCUCCGGCGUCACCGUACGAGUCGAACCUGAACUCACUGCUGACGUCACUGGUUAACUCGGCCACGUACAGUUCCUACAACAACUUCACCGUCAUGGGCUCGGUCUCGACCGACACAGCCCGCGGCCUCUUCCAGUGCCGCGGCGACCUCUCCAUGCCCGACUGCGCCACCUGCGUCGCCCGCGCCGUCUCCCAGAUUGGGUCGCUCUGUCCGGGCGCGUGCGGCGGCGCGUUGCAGCUGGCCGGCUGCUUCAUUAAGUACGACAACGUCAGCUUCCUCGGCUCCGAGGACAAGACGGUGGUGUUGAAGAAAUGCGGCCCCUCCGAAGGAGAAAACGCGGAGGAGAUGGGGCAGAGGGACGCAGUGCUGAACGGGCUACUCACCGGAGGAGGAGGAGGGUAUUUCAGGGCGGGAGGGUCAGGUGAGGUCCAGGGAGUGGCUCAGUGUGUCGGAGAUCUGACGGCUGGGGAGUGCCAAGACUGCCUGUCUUCUGCCAUCGGACGGCUCAAAGCCGACUGCGGCUCCGCCGUCACCGGAGACGUGUUCUUGGCCAAGUGCUAUGCUCGAUAUUCCACCAGUGGCGCUCAGUACUACUCCAAGCCUCAUAAAUAUAAAACGAGCUACGGAGGAGACAAGACAUUCGCGAUCAUCAUUGGACUUCUUGCGGCGGUUGUCAUCCUCAUUAUCUUCCUUCUUUUCCUCAAACAAAUUUGUGUUCGUCAUGGUAAAUAAAUGCAAUGUUCACAAAGCGUGGAUCUCAAAGAAAAAAAAAUGCCAAACUUCACAGGACUCGCUUUGGAUCUACCCUAAUAUUCCUUUUUCUUUCUUUUUUUUUCUUCUUAUUUUCUAAUUAAUGUUUAAAAGUUUGAUGUCGUAUAUUAAGGUUUAUAACUUUUUCUAAUUCUUGAAAAAAAAGGGUUUCAGAAAAUGGAUUUUAAAAGGCUUUAUUCCAUCAAAAAGAAGACUAUGGUAAAAAAGCAACAAAGGAAAAGAGGAGAGAGAUGGGAGCUUGAAAAGGUUGAAGCUUUUCUUAUGUCGAACUUUAUAUGGCAAAUGGUAUAUAUUCUUUUGUAAAGUUUGUUAUUUUAUAUUA